UCUUAUGGCCGCUUGGAGAGACUUUGCGUCUUUUGCGCUUUUGGUGAAGCUCUCAUUCUGUUCAGGAGUGAAACCAGAACAUUUUAUUCUCCAGGGCAUGACAUGUGGAUGAAAGUCACAAGGUCGUUUCAGGGAAUCCGGUAACAGUGUAAAGUUUUUUUUCCUGCUUUAUAAAAACAUCUCCAACUUUUGAGCCAGAUUUAACUUCAGCUCUAUGGGAGCAUUCAACCGGCGCCAGCUGAGACUGAUCAGAAAUCCCAACCCGGUGGUGAAGAAGGCUGAAGGAAGAGUGCCUGGGCGUUCGGGAACUCGACGAUCUCCUGGACAUUUUGGAGCACCUUGAAGAGCUUGCGGUGAGCAGUGAGUCGGGGAAAGAAUCAGCGCCAUGAGCGGCCAAAAGUGAACUAGGACGCCAGCUACAACAGCCACACAGCAGCAUUACAUCGUACAUCGGUGGGCCCCAUUCUUGACUUGAUGUACGUUUAUUUAUUUACCACAGAUGUUUCGGAAAAAAGCUUCAUCCUCCUUGAGAAUGCGGAGAAUAUCAGAAAGGGGCGUAGACCGUGGCCGAAGCUCCUCCUUCCAUGAGGUGGGUGGCUUGCGAGAGCUGGAAAUGAGAGGGGCAGCCUCCGUUUCCGAAGAAACCUCGAGCAGCGGUGCGAGCGGAGGAGGCCACACCGUCCUGCAGAGACUCUUGCAAGAGCAGAUGCGCUAUGGCGAAAGCAGGAACUACCUGGCCUUGCAGCAGCAACAGAUGCAGCAGCAGCAACAGAUGCAGCAGCAGCAACAGAUGCAGCAGCAGCAGCAGCAACAGUCGCAGCAGCAGCAGCAACAGCAGCUCCUGGGCCCGGGAGAUGAACACUCCAUGGUUCCUCACGUUGCCCGACAAGAGCCACAGGGCCAAGAGCUGCAGGCAGACAGCGGCAUGGAGAAACAGAUGAACCCCAGAGGCAUGGGUGGUGGAGGAGGCAGCGGAGGAGCCGGAUCCCAAGGCCAAAACCCUGAGGACCUGCCCUCGUACGAGGAAGCCAAGGUGCAGUCACAGUAUUUUCGUGGCCACCAGCCACAGCCGCCUCUCGGCCCAACAGUGGGUGCUGCCUUCUAUGUCACCGGUGUCACCAAUGCAAAGGUACGUCCUCCGGAGGGCCGCCCCGCGGUACAGCGGCUUGGUGCAGCCAAAGUACACCAGGAUGAUGGCCUGAAGGACCUCAAGCAGGGCCAUGUGCGCUCCCUAAGUGAAAGGCUCAUGCAGCUUUCACUGGCCACCAGUGGUGUCAAAGCCCAUGCUCCUGUCACCAGUGCGCCGCUCUCGCCACAGCUGCCUCAAUCACCAGGAACACAGGGGGAUUACUAUAAACCAGUGGGACCCCACCGUGGCCCACCUCCAGACUAUCCCUAUAAAGGUCUCCCUUCUCCACCCAAACCUCAGCAGCACCACCACCCACAGCACCAAGAUCCAGGACACUAUUAUUCAGACCACCGCAGCUCGGCUCAGCAGUCGAGAAUCGAGGUCCCUCAUGUGCGCUACCAGCCACCACCAGAGUACGGAUCUUUCCGCUCCAAUAAAGAGAGCUCAGGACACUCCCAGAGGCCCAUCCAUCAACACAGUCCCACGUCCUCGGUCACCUCGGUGGGAUCGCUGUCCCGUGCUCAGUCCUCCACCCUCAGCAGCAUACUGGCAUCUUCUCAUUCCUCUUCAGCCAUGGGCCAUCAGUUAGAGACACCUUUUUCAAUGGGACCACGGAGUCCGCAGGGGCCGGGCGGCCAUCAAGGCGAGCCAUACGGCAUGGGCCCGGGUCACCCUACGCCUCAUCAACGGCCCCAUGGCUUCCCUCAUGACCCCUACGGCUCGGCACCCCGGGGCCUCCAUCUGCACCAGCACCAGUACCAUCCGCAGGGGCAGCAGCAGCCUAGCCAAGGGCAACACUAUCCACAUCCCCUCUCACUUCAGGGUGACCCGUAUGCCAUGCUGGCACGUGCACAGCAGAUGGUGGACAUGCUCACUGAAGAGAACCGGCAACUCAAGCAAGAAAUGGAAGUCUGCGGGGAAAAGGUGUCCAAGCUGCAAAAGCUAGAGACGGAGAUUCAGCUGGUGUCUGAGGCAUAUGAGAACCUGGCCAAGUCCUCAUCCAAGAGGGAAGCCCUGGAGAAAACCAUGAGGAACAAGCUGGAGCUGGAAGUGCGCAGGCUGCACGACUUCAACAGGGAUCUAAGAGAACGUAUGGAAACAGCCAACAAGCAGCUAGCAGCCAAAGAAUGCGAGGGCACAGAGGACAACCGCAAAACCAUCUCUCAGCUCCUGGCUCAGAACAAAGAGACCCAGAGGGAAAAAGAGAAACUUGAGAUUGAGCUUAAUGCGCUGCGCUCCACCAACGAGGACCAGCGCAGGCACAUCGAGAUCCGCGACCAGGCCCUGAACAACGCUCAGGCUAAAGUAGUUAAACUGGAGGAGGAGCUUAAGAAGAAGCAGGUCUAUGUGGAGAAGGUGGAGAGGAUGCAGCAGGCUCUGGCUCAGCUGCAGGCUGCCUGUGAGAAGCGAGAGCAGUUGGAGCACAGAUUACGCACACGGCUGGAGAGAGAGCUGGAGUCCCUCAGGAUGCAACAGAGAUCAGGAGGCUCACAGAACCCCACCGGCCCCGAGUACAGCACCACGGCCCUAAUGGAGCACCUGCGUGAGAAGGAGGAGAGGAUUUUAGCUUUGGAGGCCGACAUGACCAAAUGGGAGCAGAAGUAUUUAGAGGAGAGCGUCAUGAGGCAGUUCGCCCUGGAUGCCGCUGCAUCUGUCGCCACGCAAAGAGACACUUCAUCAGCUCUGAUCAGCCACUCACCCAGCAGCAGCUACGACACCUCGGUGGAGGCACGUAUCCAGAAAGAAGAGGAGGAGAUUCUCAUGGCCAACCGCCGCUGCCUGGACAUGGAGAGCCGCAUCAAGAACCUCCAUGCGCAGAUCAUCGAGAAGGAUGCCAUGAUCAAGGUGCUGCACCAACGUUCGCGCAAGGAGCCAGGGAGUAAAGCCGACGGUCCGUCCACCAUGCGGCCCUCCAAGUCCCUCAUGUCUAUAGCCACGGGCACGAGUGGACUGGGCAGCUCAGGCCUGCUCUCUCACUCACUGGGGCUCAGCAGCAGCAGCCCGAUUACAGAGGAACGCAAGGAGGACCGCAGCUGGAAGGGCAGUCUGGGUGUGUUACUGGGGCCAGAGUUCCGCAGUGACUCCUUGAGGACCGAGUCCAUUUCGUCUUCGCCGUCUCCGGUGCUGCCGUACACACCGGCCGCUACCCAUUCCAAGACGGGCAGCCGGGACAGCUGUACACAGACAGACAAGAGUCAGGAGUCGAGCAAACCCAGUACCCCGGCACUACAGAGCGUAGCAGCCAACAGCCGCAUCAGCAGCCCCAGUCCUGUCUAUAUCCCUGACCGUAUAGCAGAUGUUCCAGUGUUCCACAGCAGCAGCACUCUGGAGAGAAGAGCGCUGGUCCAGUCUCAUCCUCAACAAUCGCAAUCACAAUCGCAGCCGCAAAAGCAGGAGGACGUCGAUAACGAGAUGGUGGAAAUUCUUAUCUGAAACCCAAUAACACACACACACACACACACACACACACACACACACACACACACACACACACCAGGAAAAGGAUUCCUUUCUCUAUUUUUUCUUGUCUAAGUAUUUUGGAGACUCAGUGUAUUGGAAUGCACUAAAUGUUGUUUGCCUUGUACAGAUCAAUACACCGUUGGCAGUUUUUUUGUACAGUUUUCCAACUUUUGGACCAAAUGUAUUGGCAAAACUUCCAUUUAUUUUUUAUUUUUUUGCAUUUAUUGCACUACUUUUUUUUCCUCCUUUAAGCUUUCAAUAUUAUUUGAACUAGAUAGUGCACAUAUAAACCAAUGUUAUCAAUAUAUUUUUUUGGCACUUAUACGACGGUAUGGUAACAUGUAAAUACUGUAUCGAAAUACUGUAAGAUCACAUGUAAAAUAGGAGGAGUGUGUGUGUGUGUGUGUGUGUGUGUGUGGUAUACGUGUGUAUACGUACGUACGGCCCUGUGAACUUCAAAGGCACUGCCCGAGUGUUGAGUACUGACCAAUUGCGUGGUCUGUGGUUUGGUGUGUUUGCGAAAAAAAAAAAAAAAAACCCAACCGGUUUUGGGUUUGUGUAAAUGUAAGGAGUAUGGUUUUUUUUUUUUAUUAUUAUUAUUAUUAUUAAUAAUAAGGGGCUUUGGGACCAGCGUCCUCCUUUCCACUUUUGACGUAUUUUCAUCUGGAGCGCCGCACCAAGUGGACAUUCCGUACGCCUGCCGAGUCUCCAUCCAUUUCAGAUUUUUUAUUUUUUUUGUUACUAUAAAUACAUUGUCUGUUUUCUAUAUAUAGUAUAGAUGCGUCGCGUAUGAGGAAAUUCCAGGGAAUUCACGAUAUACAGUACAUUUCGCUUUUGACCAAAGGAUACCGAGAGAAUUCCCACCUGCUACAGACAGGGGGCGUAUAAAACAAUUGAUCUUCCACUGGGUAAACCACAAACCGCUGGAGGGAAACAAUUCGUCUGUUUAAAAAAUAUAAAUAAAAUACACCAAUAAAUGUCA